CCGGGGGUCUAUUGGCUGCGAAUACUUUUCCAAGUCGCUGUCCCUCUGCGAGACUGCUGAAGGCUGGCUGGGUUUGUCAGCUUGUUUGCUGCUGCUGCACCAGCAGCAGCAGCAGCAGCAGCUGCUGCAGCAGCAGCAGCAGCAACAGCAGCAGCUGCAGAAGCAAACCUUCAGCAGCUUGAGCAGAGCUGCAGCGCUGCUGGAGGAGGAGGAGCAGCAGCAGCAGCGGGAGGAGGAGGAGCAGCAGCAGCGGGAGCGGCAGCAGCGGCAGCAGCAGCAGCAGCGGGAGAAGGAGCAGCAGCUGCUGCAGCAGGCGCUGCAAGCAGCAGCAGCAGCAAACCGACUAAACCCCAGCAGAGCUGAACCCUGGGGCUUCCUCUGUCUUGCUUCUUUGCUGCUGCAGCAAAACCGCCAAGCAGCAGUUUGCUGCCGCUGCUUCAUACGGGGCGAACUGCGAGCAGCAAAUGUGUUGGCGAGCCACAGCAGCAUUAUAUUUCGGGACUCCUUUUGGCCGCCUCCCCCCUUUGCUGCUGCUGCUGCUGCUGCUGCUGCUGCUGCUGCUGCGGGGGGGGACGCAGCAGCAGCAGAAGCCGCAGCAGCAGCGCCUUCUGCUGCUGCAGCAGAAAGCAGCUCCCCCAGAGAAGCAGCAGCAGCAGCAGGUCUUGCAUGCACCUGGUACGGGGGGCUCACGCUGCGGCUUGCUGCUGCGCUGCUGCAGCAGCACCAGGAGCAGCGCCAAGAGCAGCAGCAGCAGCAGCAGCAGCAGCAGCAGCAGCAGCAGCAGCAGUGGCUCCGACCUCUUGAGACAGCGCGGGCGCUCGUGCUUAUGAAUGCUCCAGCGGACAUUGAUGCUGAAAUGACGCAGCAGACGCUGCUGGGGCUGCUCGAAGCAGAAGAAGGAAAUCUUGUUGCUGCGCUGCAGCAGUUUGCUGCUGCAGUGUCUUCCAUUAGGGAAGGCUUCAAGCAGCUGCAGCAGCAGCAGCAGCAGCAGCAGCAGGGGCAGUGUGAGGAGCAGCAAAACGAGGAGCAGCAGCAGGAGGAGCAGCAGCAGGAGCAGCAAGGGCGUGUGAAGGAGCAGCAGCAGCGGCAGCAACUGUGGCAGCAGCAGGAGGAGCAGAAGGAGCAAGAAGAGGAGCAGCAGCAGCAGCAGCAGCAGCGGCAGCAGCAGCUGAUGCUGCUGCUGCUGCGCUCAGACUUCGUGGCCCGCCAAGCUGCUGCCUGUCUCCUUCGGCGGCCCCACAACCACGAAGAGACACCUGAGCUGCAGCAGCUGCAGCAGCUGCAGCAGCUGCAGCAGCUGCAGCAGGAAGUUGCUGCAGCAGAUCUCGAGUUAAGGGAAGAGAUAGAGCAGGCGAUGCAGCAGCAGCAGCAGCAGCAGGAGCAGCAGCAGGAGCAGCAGGAGCAGCAAGAGCAGCAAGAGGAGCAACAGGAGCAGAACGAGGAGCAGCAGCAGCAGCAGCAACUUUAG